UGGGCUCCGUCCCCCGGCGCUUGCCAGGCUCCGUGUCCUGCUCAGGACUGGCACCAUCACCCCCACGGGACGGGAAUGAAGGAGCGGACUCCGGGCUGCCGGGUCGGGAAGCGGGGAGUCAAUCUCUGGAGCAAAUGAAGAGACUCUGAAGAGAUUCCCCUUUGCUCUCGACUGUCCUGCGGAGGAUUUUCCAGCAUGCAGCAGCAAGGCGCAGGGGAGAGGAAGGAGGAUGAAGAGCUGGAGGCUCCCGAGGCUCCGUCCGCUGGGAAGAGCCGAGGCAGAGGAGCAGCAGCCGCAGGGUGGGCGUGGGGAGUGGUGUUCCACUUCUUCCUGGUCAACGUGCUCGUGAUGGGGAUGCUCAAGACCUUCGGGAUUUUCUUUGUGGUUUUCCGAGAGGAGAUGGGAGCGUCCUCGGAGCAGGUCGGCUGGAUCGGCUCCAUCAUGUCCUCCCUGCGCUUCCUGGGAGCCCCGCUGGUGGCCGUGGUGUGCCGGCGGCUGGGCGAGCGGCCAACCUCCCUCCUCGGGGCCGGGCUGGUGGCCGGGGGCUGCCUGCUCAGCACUCAGGCCACCAGCGUCCCCUUCCUCUGCUUCUCCAUGGGAUUCCUGCCGGGGAUGGGGUUUGCCUGUCUGUACCAGGCGGCCGCGGUGAUGACGGCCAAGCGCUGCCGGGCUCGUCUGGCCUUCUCCAACGCCCUGGCCCGCUCUGGGAUGGGGCUGACAUUCCUGAUGGCUCCCUUCACUCAGCUCCUCAUCGAGCUCUACGCCUGGCAAGGUACUCUCCUGAUUUUUGGAGGCAUCAUGUUGAACCUGGUGCCUUCCAGCAUGCUGCUGUGGCCCGUCAGCCCCCAACGGCCCCGGGGCUCUGCAGGGGCAAAGAAGGAUCCAGAAACUCCUGGUGGACGUUUAGAUGGAAGCACUCACAGGGAAUUACAGCUUCACCGUGCACAGGAGGCUCCCGCCGCCGAGAGGCUGGUGAUGCCCCGUGGCAGAGACGGCUCUGAGCCAGCAAAUGCCUCGGGAAUGCUGCAGAAACCCACCCUGGAGAGCUCCUCCCCAGAAACAUCCUCCGAGGCCAGGAGAAGCCACAAACCCCUUGCAGCCGCCCCAAAGGAACCUUCUCAGCCUCUCCUGGACUUGUCCCCGCUGAAGGAUCCCGUUUUCUUCGUUUUCACGUGGUCUUUCCUGUUCAGCCACUUGGCCUAUUUCGUGCCCUUCUUCCACCUGGUGGCCAGAGCCAGGACGCUGGGCAUGAGCAGCAGGGACGGCUCCUACCUCAUCGCUGCAGCCGGCAUCACGGAGAUGCUGAGCCAGCUGCUCUCGGGCUGGCUGGCCGACCACGACUGGACCAGGAAAUACCACCUCCAUGCCACCUACCUGCUCCUCAGCGGCGUCACCAACCUGCUGGGGCCGCUGGCCACCACCUUCCCUCUGCUCCUCGCCUACACCGUGGCCUUCGCCGCCUUCUGUGGAGGCUUCAUGGCCCUGGUGCUGCCCGUGCUGGUGGAUCUGGUGGGUGUGGAAAAGCUCCACAGCUACCUGGGGUUUGCUGCCUUCUUCGCAGGGAUAGCAGCCAUGGGAGGACCCCCUCUAGCAGGGUGGCUCUAUGACUACACCCAGACCUACGUCUGCUCCUUCCUCUUUGCUGGAGCCUGUGCUCUUAUCUCACCUAUUUCCUUCUUCUUCGAGCCUUCAGCCCAAAAAUGGAAGCUAAAAAAAGCCAGUUUGAACAAGAGCCCCAGGUCUGGCUGAAGUUUUAAAGGCUGGGCUGUGAUGGCAUCUAUGCUGGGAAAGCCGCUGCCCAUACUGGGAAUUAUCAACAGCAGCAACGCUGAAAACUGGAAUUUUUGGAUGCCAGAUUCAGUUUGUGUACCUGGAUGUUUCUCCUGAUUAAAUCCAUCUGAGAAAUGCGGUGUGUGAAGCGUUACCUGACGGGAGAAAUGCAGCCCAGGCCUGGGUUUUGCUGUGCUUU